AUGCAAGAAAGGGAGCAGGCGAAGCGGGCAGACGAUGAGAGGGAGGAGGAGGACCCUGAAGAUCCCGAGCCGGUUCCCAUGAAGCGGCCUGCAGCCAAGUCGACAACAAAGGGUGGUGGCAAGAGGGGCAAGCAGGGUGACGACGACGAGCCAAAGCCGAAGCCUGCCAACAGAGGCAAGCAGGGUGACGACGAGGAGCCGAAGCCGAAGCCUGCCAAAAACGGGAAGCGGGGUGACGACGAGCCGAAGCCGAAGCCUGCCAAAAACGGCAAGCGGGGUGACGACGAGGAGGAGCCGAAGCCGACGCCUGCCAAAAGAGGCAAGCAGGGUGACGACGAGGAGGAGCCGAAGCCGACGCCUGCCAAAAGAGGCAAGCAGGGUGACGACGAGGAGGAGCCAAAGCGGAAGCCUGCCAAAAGAGGCAAGCAGGGUGACGAGGAGGGGGAGCCAAAGCGGAAGCCUGCCAAAAGAGGCAAGCAGGGUGACGAGGAGGAGCCGAAGCCUGCCAAGAACGGCAAGCGGGGUGACGACGAGGAGCCGAAGCCUGCCAAGAAGGGCAAGCGGGGUGACGACGAGCCGAAGCCGAAGCCUGCUACGAAGGGCAAGCAGGGUGACGACGAGCCGAAGCCGAAGCCUGCGAAGAAGGGCAAGCAGGGUGACGAGCCAGUGCCGAAGCCUGCUAAGAAGGGCAAGCAGGGUGACGACGACGAGCCACUGCCGAAGCCUGCCAAGAAGGGCAACGAGCCGAAGCCUACGCUAAAAAAGACGUUCGCCAGAAGGUUCGAGCCCCCAACCGAGGGGGACUCCAAGUGCCUUUGGACCUCCAUCCGGGAUGCCUUCAAUGCCGUGAUUCGCCAACACUUCCGUUUCCCUGCUAAGCACGAGGAUCUCUUCUGGAAGCACUGCCGGCCCAUGCUGAUCCAGGAGGAACAGCCCCACUUCAGAUCGAAGGCACAGCAGGUUGCCUUUGAGUGGUUGGAAAUGCAGAGAGCAAAUGGUGCUCUGGACAACCUUGACAACUAA